AUGGUGAUGAUUGUCACAAACGAGACUCAUCCACAGUGCAAUGAAAUUUAUACGGAACCUACUGUCGAUAACGUUGUGGUCACAGCACAGCUGUCCCUUAUAUUUAUUGGCAUUAUCAGCAAUCUAUGUCUGUUGCUGCAAUUUUCGGGCAGGGCAAAGCUUGGCACAGCAAGUUUUACGUACAUUCGAAUCAUUGCCAUUGUACAGUUCAUCUUUUUCAUCGUGCCAUUUCCGUUGAAAAUUCUUACGGAACACUAUCAAAGAGGUCAAACAUGGAUUGCUACGAAUUUUCUGCCGGUAGUGUUAGGACUUUUUCACUUCGCCAUCUCUUCGUUGUGUCUCUGUUUCGCAUUCAGACUGCAGCUACUGCUAAACUAUAUUAGACGUUCAAGACGUUGGAAUUCGUUGGCAUGGGUGGCAUGGCGAAAAAUCUGUUGGAUUUUGCCAUUCGGCAUUAUUCUGAAUGUUUCAUUGUGUUUCGAGUAUAAUCUUGACUACGAUUUUUGUGUCAUCGGGAAUCGUCCACAUGCUAUAGGACGUGCGAGACUUUCGGAGACAGCUCGACAAGAUCAUAUUAAGAUGGAAGUCAUUCGAUUCACUCCUACAUUGGUUUAUUGGUUAGCAGUGUUUUGUUGUUUAUGUUUCAUUAUUUCUGAACGUUGCCUACUUCCACAACUUGGAUCCCCAUAUGCGGCAAAACAUGCACCACUUUUUGCAAACCUACGACCGCUUUUACUUGCUUUGAUGAUAUCCCAAUCAGUGGUGCACCAGGCGAGCACUUUUUGUGCCAUUCAGAGUUGCAGAAUUGAUGAACCGGUCAGGUUAAUCCUUUAUGGGUUCUCCUAUUCGUUGACGUUUCCUCUAAUGCUCAUAAUGAGCACCACAUUUCGUUCACAUCUCUUUCAUAUUCUCACGAAUUAUGUUCAUGUACGUUCGAAAGUACGGAAAGAUUCGGCGUUACAUAAAGUAACUAAGCACAUCACACGAGCUGUCGCCUACAGUAAGAUGGAGAUGGAGAAUUCCGAAAUAGAUAACAGGAAUUAUAAUACACGACCUCACAGCUUACGAGCGAUGCUCAAAGAGGAUGCUAUCUAUCGUGUGCGAUUUGCGAUGCCUCAAAGUGUGGGGGUAAUCGAGGAAGAAGAUGAGACUAGCGAAGCUCGACGAGAGGAGGAAGAGACUGUCGCGAGAGCGUUUAUGGAGAGCGCACAAUUCCUCGAAAGGCCGGUUUUUGUUGAUGAGGACUCGAACAGCGGUUUCAGUGAACAUAUGCUGUAA